AUGUUUGAGUCUGGGGUUUUCUACACUUUACAUCUUGUAGUUCAUCACUCUGGAUCAUCAAACAUAUCGACUCUGACACACAGACAGACACACCAUAUGCCAUCUGAUGUAGUGUCAUUCGACCAGCCCGAGGAGGUCGCUUUGGCUAUGGGGCGUAUGUUUCUAGCGUAUAUGUCCUACACAGAACACUCCUUCAAGUUUGACUGGCUGGAGAAGACGCCGAAUAUCCAUGUGCAGUGCCAGGAUACCACUGGACAAAAAGUUCAGUUCACAACACCCCCCAGAACUCCUAAGCGCUAUUCACACGUGGUCCGUUACACCCAGGGCAUCAAGGUCCUCUGCCCUCAUCAGAACCACGGGACUAUCAUCAUUCGGGAUCAUACAUGUACACGCGAUAUGACACAGAAAGCGGAUCGUUGUCAUUAUAUCCUAAAGAGUGAAUUAAUGGCAGCCACAUCAAUCUUCUAUCACCAGAUGAAUGAAAUGGUUUGGCUAUCUGACAAAGGCCGAUAUAAAGGCAAGCCGAGAUACAAGGGCGGCUUAUUGACAGCUACCAUGGUGACGUUUAUAUGCGGUAAAGUACGUAUCAUCCAAGCAACCAUCAAGCCGUCGGAAAAGCAUCCAACACUUAACGUGAAUCUAAGAGCCAAAUACAUUCUCAAUAACGCAAACUACGACAAAAAUGUAGGCUUUGAUGUUCUGAAAUGGCUUUGUGACCCUCCACAGGCAGAGCUCGAGACUGAGCCCGAGUCCACGGAAACUGUCAAUGAACUCCCUGAGAGACUGAAAAAAUAA